CCUCUCGCGCCUCGUAGGGGCUGGGCGUGACGUCACUCGCGCGUUGCGUACAGUAGUGCGCGUGUUGCGUACAGUGCUUCCACGUGCAGCUCACCAUGGUGAAGCCGCAGUUCAAGGGGAGGAACACCAUCAACCCGUCCAAUGCAAGCUCCAACCCAGACCGGCCCAAGGGGGCCGGUGACCACAACAUGCGGGAUCGGGCCACCGUCCGCCGCCUCAACAUGUACAGGCAGAAGGAAAGGAGGAACAAUUUGGGAAAGGUGAUAAAGCGGUUGCCUUACCAGUCGGAGGUGGCUUCUGGAACUGUUGCCAGAGUGGAACCAAACAGAAAAUGGUUUGGAAAUACCCGCGUCAUCAAGCAGGCUGCCUUGCAGAAGUUUCAGGAAGAAAUGGGAAAAGUUAUAAAGGACCCGUACAAAGUUAUCUUGAAAACCAGUAAACUUCCAAUCUCUCUUCUGAAUGAGACCAGCAAGCCCCAUAACGCCCGGGUGCACAUCCUCGACACGGAGAGUUUCGAGACAACAUUCGGGAAGAAAGCGCAGCGCAAGCGGCCGAGCCUGCCAGCGGCCGACCUACAGGCCCUGCUGGAGAGCGCCCAGACCUCGGCCGACACCUACGACCUCGAGAAAGACCGCGACCUCGUGGUGGAGGAUUCUGGCAUACGGGAUGAGGCAAGAGAAGAGAUCUUCAAAAAAGGACAGUCCAAGAGAAUCUGGGGGGAGUUGUACAAGGUGAUCGACUCAUCAGAUGUCGUUAUCCAAGUUCUUGAUGCUCGUGACCCAAUGGGCACCCGCUCGAAGCACAUCGAGAAGUACCUGCGUAAAGAGAAGCCUUGGAAACAUCUGAUCUUUGUGUUCAAUAAGUGUGACCUUGUCCCAACGUGGGUGACGCAACGCUGGGUCGCCAUUCUGUCCAGUGAGUAUCCAACGCUAGCCUUCCAUGCCAGCAUUACCAAGUCCUUUGGCAAGGGAGCCCUGAUCCAACUCCUUAGACAGUUUGGAAAGCUACACAUAGACAAGAAACACAUUAGUGUUGGCUUCAUCGGCUACCCCAAUGUGGGCAAGAGCUCCAUCAUCAACACGUUGAGGUCAAAGAAAGUGUGCAAGGUGGCUCCGAUUGCAGGAGAAACCAAGGUCUGGCAGUACAUAACACUGAUGAAGCGCAUUUUCCUCAUCGAUUGCCCUGGUGUUGUCUACCCUUCUGGCGACACGGAGACAGAGAUUGUUCUCAAAGGAGUGGUCCAAAUAGAGAAAAUUAAAACGCCUGAAGAUCACAUACCAGAGGUUCUGAACCGUGUUAAGCCAGACUACAUCCAGAAGACAUACAAAAUCGAGUCUUGGUCAAGCCCAGAAGACUUUCUGGAGAAGAUGGCUUUCCGCAUGGGCAAGCUACUGAAGGGUGGGGAGCCAGACUGCCAGACCGUGGCCAAGAUGGUGCUCAAUGAUUUCCAGAGGGGUAGGAUCCCAUUCUUUGUGAAGCCGCCAGCAGCCCCAGGGGGUGUGAAGGGAGUCAACACGGAAGCCCAAAAUGAAGCAGAGGUUGGAGCAGACACAAAAACGCAGGAUACAGAAGUUGCGAGCAAUCCCGUUGUUAGCCAGGAAGUGUCAGGGCAAGGAGAUGCUGUCGCGGUUGAGGAGGAGGAGGAGGAACAGGAAGAGGGGGUCAACGCCUCAGCCAGCGUGGUCCACCCCAGCGUCCACCAGGACUUCAGCGUCAUCAGUGUGGGACUGGAGUUUUCUGGAGACGAUCUACUCCCUCUUGAACCCAUCGAGCUGCCAUCCGAGGAUGAGAAUGAAGAUGACAAAGAUGACAGCCUUUCAGACAAUGAGCAGAACUCUGACCGGCAUGAAGGUGCCGGGCCUCCUAAUGUGGGACUUCCGGAGGACGUGGAGGGUGCAACUGAAGACAGUGCCUCCUGUGCCAGAGAGAAGCCGGAAGCCAAGUCCACUAAAAGUGUAAUCAGAGACCUUGAUGCCAAGAUUGACAAAUAUAAAAAGUUCCUGGCUCAAGCCCAGGCCAAGAGGUUUUCUGCCAUCAGGAUACCAAAGGCUCUCAGUGCCAAGAUGGUCAUGCACACGGAGGAUCCAAAGCAAAAGUUGAAGCGACCUUCAAACGAAGGCAACGAGGAGGAUGAGAGAAGCGCCAAGAAGAAGCGGAGAGGGAAGCCUGGUGGAGAUGAUGAUGCAGAGAAGUGGUGGAGUGAUGAGGGGCAGGACAAGAUGACCUCCAAACAGAGACGGAAACUGGAUCGAUCCCAGAAGUCCAAGAAAGUGGGAGUGCGAUAUUACGAAACGCACAAUGUGAAGAAUAAGAAUAGAAACAAAAAGACCACAGAGGCAUCGCAAAGCAAAAACCCAAAAGGAAAAUCCAAGGGGAAAAAAUAAUAUUUAACUUUCUGCUACAAUACAAAAUGUAAUGCCACUCAGGCUUUUUGUAAUACAGUAAAGUUGCUGUGUUAAUUCAUGCAGUGUUAAUUUCUUUAUCAAAGUUCAGCAGUCAAUUUUACCAGAUAGCAAAAACUACAGAUUGCUGUAUGUCUCAUGGUCAUUGAUGUCGGAAUACUUCUGAAGGCCACGCAACAUUUGAUAUUUAUUGCAUUCAUUAGGCCAGAGCACAUCUUGUUGAGCUGGUGAAACACAAUGCAAGACAUUUUGUUAAGGGAUAAAUCAGAGGUCGUAGCUUUACCGUGACUCACUGCAAGUACCGCAGCUUCCGCCAAAGCCCAAUGACGAUAGCUGUAACAGAGAGGGUCGUGUCAUUUAUAAUCGCGUGGUCCUGCAGUCAGGGCAUUGCAACACCACCUGGCGCAGUGCAUCUCCUAUGCCUUACACUGAUUCUUAUGUUACUUAAAAAUCACAAUAAAUGCUCAUAAGAAUUA